AUGAUGGAAUCUCAAAACACUGAGUCCAUGGAUAUAUCAGACCAAGAUGAUACAUUCAUUGAAAACGGCAUGUCUAAAAAAGUUGAUAAAAAUAUUGUAAAACGUAAAAAACGUAGAAAGUGUUUACGUGACAAAACAGCUCCAAGACCUCCACAUUCUGGGUACAUCCGAUUUUUAAAUGAUAGACGUGAACAAUUUCGUUCAGAAAAUCCCAAUUUACCAUUUGCUGAAAUAACAAAAGUUUUAGCUACUGAAUGGAAUCAGUUGACAGCUGAUAAAAAACAACAUUAUCUCUUAGCUGCUGAACAAGAACGAGUAAAAUAUGUUGAAGAAUUAGCAGCUUAUAGAAAGACUGAUGCAUACAAAAAUUUUAUUCAACGCAAAUUGAAAAAAAAAAAAGUUAAUACCCAUAACCAAGAAGAUCAAGAAUUAAAAAAAGAAAAGCCAUCAAGUGAUAACAAAUUAAAAAAGGAUCAAGAAAUAAAAAAAGAAAGACCAUCUAGUGAUAACAAAUUUAAAAAGGAUCAAGAAAUAAAAAAAGAUAUGCCAGCUAGUGAUAACAUUAAUACAGUUUAUGACAUACCUAUAUAUUCUGAUGAUUUCCUAAACUUCAAUAAAGGUAGAGACAGUGAACUUCGAUACCUUCGUAAAAAGGUAACAGAUCAAGGACAAGAAGUAUCUGUCUUAGAUAAACAUAUUGAAAAUAUGCAAAAUGGUAUUGUCAAUUUAAUGGCUAACACUGAAAAACUUAAAGCUGGAUGUUCAAAGUAUGAACAAUAUUUAAUUAAAUUACGAUCUCUACUUCUAGAUGCUUUUGCUGACAUUGCAUUCCCAGAUACCACUGAGCCACCUACUAAUGAAAAUAUUGACACAUUUAUGGUUAAUUUAAUCACACUUCUAUCAAAUGAUAAUGCUACUGAGCCUUCCUGGAUUGCAAAUAUAAAACAAGUUAUUUCUAAUUUGGAUUUUUCACAAUGUUAA